GAGCUAGUCCACCGGACAACUACCGGAAGUUGCAGCUUCUAUGUUUGAGUUUUUGCCGGGUUUUGCAGUUUUUUGUCUUCACAUCCCAUCUGAUCUGCCUACUUCAUGAACACGUCGGUUAUGAGUGUUGACAGCAGACUUGUGGAUUUGAGCAACAGCCUCGAGAAUGUUCCUGUUUUAAUCGAGCGGAGUUCAGCCGCGCGGACGUUUCCUGAAUUUCAGUAUUCCCCAGAUAGUGUUGACGGACCAGGAUGCACUAUUGACCCCAGUGAAGUCACCCUUCCUGGAUGCUCCUGCCUUUCCCACUCCUGCUUCACUGAGAGCUGCUCCUGCCUGCAGACACAUGGGCAGGCGUACAAAGGCACCGGCGCACUGCUGAACCUUAAGAGAACAGACUCCGGUUACUGCUCACCUGUGUUCGAGUGUAAUGCCCUCUGCACCUGCAGCGAUGCCUGCUCUAACCGGGUGGUGCAGAGAGGGCUGAGACUCAGGUUGGAGGUUUACAGCACCGAGAUCAGGGGCUGGGGAGUGCGGACACUCGAGGCGAUCCCACAUGGGACGUUUGUGUGCGAGUAUGCGGGAGAGGUGAUCAGUUUUGAGGAGGCCAGACGCAGACAGCUGGCCCAGAGAUCUGAAGAAAAUAACUACAUCAUUGCUGUCAGGGAGCAUGCCGGUACAGGCUCCAUCACUGAGACAUUUGUGGACCCUGCCGUGGUGGGAAACAUAGGCCGCUUUCUCAACCACUCCUGCCAGCCCAACCUGCUUAUGCAGCCAGUCCGGGUGCACUCUGUGGUGCCUCGGCUGGCGCUGUUUGCCGGACGGAACAUUGACGCGCAAGAGGAGCUGACGUUCGACUACUCAGGAGGAUACAGUAACCAACCUCCUGUAGAGCUGUGCACACAAAGUGACGCUGCCACACAGGCCAGUGGGACACAUGGGCUCCAGAGGAAAGAGUGCCACUGUGGUGCCAACAACUGUGUUCACUUCCUUCCAUUGGAUUUAUCUAUUAUCCACGCAAAUAGUUGAAAUUUCAUAUCACGUCUGUUUUCAUCUGUUUAUCAAAGAGAUGAAUUUGUUUUUCUAAAUGAUGGCCAACAUCUUCUAUCCCAGUAUAGGUCAAUUCAUAUCUUAAUAAGGUUUUCUGGUCAUUCAAUAAAUAAAGUUACACAACACAAGUUUUUCAUAGCCAAUCAACAUAACUGUCUAUCUAGUUCAACUAUGUAUGUCUAGCUUUAUUUCUGGUUUCCCUAACAUUUUGCUUAAUUCAACCCCUCAUUGGAACAAGACAAUGCAACUCAUCAAUGGCUCCAUAAACACAAUCAGCUGCAUGAGUCAUGUCUCAGCCGUCAUUGUGAGGUUCCCCCGGUGUCUCCUGAGCUCCCACUCAAUGUAAGAUGAUGCAAUAAAAACUAAGUCUCAAGGCAAGAAAAACAAGUUUUAUUCGUUUGAGAGAGUGCACUUGUUGACAUUCCUGUCUCUUCUCUCACUUGUACAAUCCGUUUCAUCCAUCAGGGGAUGCUUGUUCUGUAUAUUUCCCACCAGAUUUAAAGUCUUGCAGCUGUCAUCUUGUUCCGGCACAAUUAAGUCCCAUUUCUCACACAACGCAUGAAUCAGGAAGGAGCAGAAGUAUCAUUUGCGCUGAGGGACAUACAUGGGAGUAACGAUGUUCAAUAGUUUUUUUUUAAAUAGCCACAUAGGUUACAGAAAGCUGCCAACGCUCUUUGCAAUAUGAUGUCAUGUCAGUCAAAAACAAAACACCAAAAACACUCAGUUAAAGUACGAGCUGUCUUAUGCUUCCAUCAACUUGACAUUUAUUUUACGUAUUCU